AUGGGCACUCGGCCAGACGUUGCUGGGACAGGGCGUGCUCCCAUCAGCCCCUUCGCCGCCUACUUGUCCACAUCUACGAAGAGGAUAUUCGAUCGACCAUACCCUAUCGACGACCGCGAAGAAGAGGUAUCAGCGGAUGCAGGAAUCGAACGUCUGGUGUACAAGAUCUCUAGGCCAUAUCAGACCUCUGCACGAAAGAUCCUGGACAGUGUGAGCACCCCCGACCGCCUAAACGCGUGGUCUCUGCCUGGCCGGCUACACGCAAGCCGCGCGCGAUUGUCCCACUAG